AUGCAGCCGGAGGCAGCCGAGCCGGCGGGGCCCCGCUCGGCCGCGGAGAAGCUGUCGGCCGCCGUGGGGCGGCGCACCCGGGCACUGAGCAGCGCGCUCCGCGAGACGCGCCGGCGGCGGCGCCUCCUGCUGCUGAUCGUGUGCGUGGCGCUGCUGCUGGACAACAUGCUCUACAUGGUGAUCGUGCCCAUCAUCCCCGAGUACAUCGCCGCGAUGGGCGGCUACUCGGAGCCGCCGGAGCCGCCGCCGCCGCCGGAGCCCCCGUCGCCGCCGCCGCCGCCGGAGCCCCCGUCGCGGUCGCCGCCACCGGAGCCCCCGUCGCCGCCGCCACCGGAGCCCCCCCAGGGGAUGCUGAAGGCUCCCUACCCCGCGGACAACCAGGACAUCAAGAUCGGCGUGCUGUUCGCCUCCAAGGCCAUCCUGCAGCUGCUGGUCAACCCGCUGAGCGGGACCUUCAUCGACCACGUGGGCUACGCCAUCCCGCUCUUCAUGGGGCUGUCCGUCAUGUUCCUCUCGACCCUCCUCUUCGCCUUCGCCCAGAACUACGCCACCCUCUUCGCCGCCCGCAGUCUGCAGGGCCUGGGCUCCGCGCUGGCCGACACGUCGGGGAUAGCCCUGCUCGCCGACACUUUCCCGGAGGAGGCCGAGCGCAACCGGGCCCUGGGCAUCGCGCUGGCCUUCAUCUCCUUCGGCAGCCUGGUGGCGCCCCCUUUCGGGGGCUUCCUGUACCACCUGGCCAACGGUAAGGCGCCCUUCCUGGUGCUGGCCUUCACCUGCCUCAUGGACGGGCUUCUCCUCCUCCUCGUCAUCAACCCCUUCGGGGACAGGGCUAGGGAGAACAUGCCGGUGGGCACCCCAAUCCACAGGCUCAUGAUGGACCCCUACAUUGCCGUCGUGGGGGGGGCCCUCACCACCUGCAACAUACCCUUGGCCUUCCUGGAGCCCACCAUUGCCAACUGGAUGUCGGAAACCAUGCAUGCCGAGGAAUGGCAGAUGGGCCUCACGUGGCUGCCGGCCUUCUUCCCUCACAUCCUGGGGGUCUACCUUACCAUCUGGUUGGCCAACAAGUACCCCCACCUCCAGUGGUUCUAUGGCGCCUUGGGCAUGACCAUCAUCGGGGCCAGUUCAUGCCUGGUGCCCGCCUGCAGGAACUUCUGGCAGCUCAUGGUCCCCCUGUGUGGCAUCUGCUUCGGCAUCGCCCUGGUCGACACGGCCCUGCUGCCCACCCUGGCCUUCCUGGUCGACGUCCGUUAUGUGUCCGUCUAUGGCAGCGUCUAUGCCAUCGCUGACAUCUCCUACUCCGUGGCGUAUGCCCUGGGGCCAAUUGUGGCUGGGGAGAUUGUCCAUUCCUUUGGCUUCUUGCAGCUCAACCUGGGCAUGGGCCUCAUUAACGUGCUUUAUGCCCCAGUCCUCCUCACCCUCCGAAACAUUUGCCAAAUGAAGCCCUCCCAUUCAGAGAGGAACAUCCUUCUGGAUGAGGAGCCCAAGGGACUCUAUGAUACCAUCAAGAUGGAAGAACGCCAGGCCAAGGGUAGAAAACUCCAGCCUUCAGGGGGUGCUGAAGAGAACAGUGUCAACUCUUGCCACAGAGACUUCAGAGGGGUUUCUGAAGAUGAUUCUUCAGACUACGACUAUACUUAG